GGAAAAACAAUAAUAUAGACGAUAAUCACUGGAACGAAGCGGAAGGAAUUCAGAUUAUCGAUGCAUUAGACGAAUACAUAUUUCGCAAAUUAAAAUUUCGGCCGUGCGAAAUAAACGAUACAAUUCUGGAAUUCAUGUGUAUAGAUAAUGUACUAAAAAGUAGAUAUGGACAAGAAGUGAUUAUAUUAAUAAUAUAUCACAGCGUGGCAAGAAGACUUGGUCUACGUUCCGACAUUGUGGCAUUCGGUGAACGAUUAGAACUAUCUUACUGUAUACAUUGGAAAUCCAGAUAUGGCACGAUUAAUCCAGCAAAUGAAAGAUGUUUUAGUGUAAUGUUUAACAAAUUCCCGGAUUGUCGUGUCAAUAAAUCAGCGUAUCAGAAGAGGUCGCAAAAUUUAUAUCGUAAUGAUUUUUUACCGUGCAACAGAUUAGGUCGAAUAUCACCAUGUGAACUGCGAGACAGGAUACUGCUAAGAUUUGCGGAUUUGACAUACCAUUAUAACAACAUUUCUCAGAUUAAGGAGCGUAAAAAAAUUUAUUUAUUUAAAACAAGUAGCUUUGAAGUAUGUAUGCACUAUACACACAGCAUUAAUUAA